AUGGCGCCGACGAAGUUCGACCUGCGGGGCAUGGCGACCUUCCCGCCGGAGAGCAAGCAUCGGAAAGCCUUGUGGAUGCUGGGCGGCAUGGAGCUGGCGAGAUAUCUUUGGUGGAAGGGUGCUCUCGCAUCUCAGGGCCAAGCGGCUGCUCGCGCGGCGCGCGAGGGGCUGCGUCUGGCGAGGCAGGCUCAGCUCCGGGAGCAGCAGGUUCAGCUGCUCCUACAGUGUGUGCAAUGCAGCCUUACAGCCGCCUCCUACGGGAAAGCCCGGGUCUCCCGCAACAUGAUGGAGGAGACGACGCGCCUGGCCAAGGAUGCAGUGAAGCUGACCUCCGAGUCUGGCCUCCCCGCUGGCGGCUGGAAACGGACGCAGUAUGGAGUUGCAUUGUACUGGCACGCCAAUGCCCUGGCUUUGAGCAGCAGAGAAGAGGCGCUAGCAGUGAUCUCGAAGAUUGACACUGUCUGCGAUGCCACAGGAGACUUGGAGCUCCAGGCCUACGCCACGCUGCUGUCGGCCCAAAUUCAGCUCGACACGGAUAAGGCGACGGCAGCGAGUCUAUUGCUGCCAGUGAUUCAGACCUUCAAAAAAUUGCGCGACGAGACUGGGCAGAAGUUCGCAGAAGAGGUCUAUCACAAGGCCACCUACAUCCCAGUUGCUGCACCACGCCCGGCCCUGGCUGAUGUCACAGGGGCAGAGGAGCAGCUGCAAGUGGCCCCUGCGGCGCCAAAGCUGAGCCCGGAUAUGAUCCGAUCUCAGAUCUUAGACCUCGCCAGGGACACGGUGCUCUCCGAGGAUGCCAUUUCUCUUGACCAGCCGCUCAUGGACCUGGGAAUGGACAGCCUCACAAGUGUGAGCUUCCGCAACGAGCUGCAGAGCAGGUUCAAGGUCGAGCUACCAGUGUCUUUGAUCUUUGAUAGCCCGUCGGUGAAUGCGCUCACUCAGACGGUUAUGGAAAUUGUGGUUUCCUGA